AUUGUUAUCAAAAAUAGUUAUAUCCACUCUGCGUAAGAGUCCGGCUACCUGAAUAGCAUCAUCAUGUUUAGUAUAUCAAGAUAAUUUUGCUAUUUUCCUUAGCCUUUAAGAUAUUGAAGACAAGGAAGUGUUUACCACACCACAGUACAAAGUCCACAAGAGUUCCACUGUGAACAUGUUCACAAAGAUUUAAAAGGGACAGCAAGCCAGAGUCAUCAGCAAAUUUUAACAGAAGGCUCCUAUCGGUAGUGCUUCUACCAAAGCUAGUAUAUAAUAUGAACAUUAGUGGAGACAAGCAGCAUCCUAUGCUCCUCGUGUAGCAGAAAACGAAAUCACGAAGUUGCAUAACAAAAUAUUAUAAAAUGUUACACACUGUCACCCUACACACGUGUACUUCAUCUCAGUCACGCACCGCAACGUUUGUGUAGUCUGUCACAGGACAGGAAAACUAAUCAGGACUGGAUGUAGUUAAGACUUUCAAUUUAGAGUUAAUACUAUUUAUAAUUACAUCUGUCAUUAUUUAAUUCAGAUGGCACAUAACGAUAUUGUUUAAUUUCUUUACGUUUUUAACUUUAUACCAACUACGCUCUAAAUGACAAUAAUUAUACAAAAUAUCGACGACGACGACGAUUAAAAAAGAUUACAACAAUGAUGACGAACAUGUUGACGAGAUAACAGAGCCAAGAUGAUUUUGAUGAAGGCCAUGAUGACUAUGCAUUUACUGACUUUGGCGACAGUCUUUCACGCAUGUGAUUGUGGUAUGUGUCCCUAAGAUGACUGGUAAUUCACACAUGGCUACCAAUAAACAUGAUACUUAUUAAUUUUAUAAUUGUAUUUAUUUGGGAACUGUUAAUAUGAUGAGAUUAGAUGCCCGUAUGUCGUGAAUACGUCGUCACGUCCUUGUUCGCCGUCGUAUCCACUUGUCUGACUCGUUACGUGCUUGCGGACUGCAGUCGGUUUUUCUCGUCAACGUCCGUGUCACGUAAGGAACGGUUGACUCCCGGUAUACCGGUAAAUAUCCGUACUGAGCUUAAAUAGGAAAGUUUCUUCAAGUAUCUUCACAGCGGGAAACGGAUCGUCGAAAACAGGUAAACAAAAACAAAACAAACCAUCACAAAAAGGUAAGGAUUAAGAUUUUUUUGGACAGGGUAUGAGAGCAGUUGACUUACAACAUUACACAUAGGUAUAAAACUGUAAAAAAUGUUAAUAACAUGUUGAUACAUCUACACACCAUUUAAGAGGGUGGGCCACUUAAAAGUAUCCCGCCUCGACCGACAUAUUCUAGGAGGUGGGCUACCACACCCCAUAUUUUUAGACCGGGAGAUAUGGGAGGGAACUCCAGCUUUUAUAAGCUAUGAAGCUCUACAGUUAAGUCCCUUUAACCUGAUCGUUAUGUGAAAAACAACUGAACUGAACUAGAAAAUAAAAUGUAUAAUAAGAAGAGAGGUGCGUAAAGUGCAUGCAAGCUAGUCGCAUGUUUGAACGCUUAGUCACAAUGUCUGUCUUUCUCAAAGACUAGAUAGUAGCUAAGCUGUCAGAGCCGGAAAGACGAGAUGUGCUCGGGACUUCAUCUGUUUCCUGUGAUGCUGAUAAUUUCUUUCCUUUAGUUAUCACGCCCCUGCUCUGUAGAGACUUCUAAUUUCAUCUCCGCCUAGCUAUAAGAGAAGCGCUUGUUUUCUUGAAGCCUGGCUGUGAGUACUGUAAGCUAGGGAGGCUAAGUGGUAAAAAAAGAGUCAAUCUGUAGUGCUUUAGUUGAUUCUGAGAUGAAAAUAUAGCAAAUGCACUCUGUAACUACAGGAGUGAAACGGCAAAAUAAACGACACAAAGUGAUGAAGCGUGGGAAGGGUUAAUGGAGAGAGAGACAGAGAGAGAGAGACACUAAGAAAAGCAACAACUAGACAAGAAAUUCAGCAAUUCCAUAUAGUAAGCUUCACUGCAGUAUACAAAGUAAAAAAAAAAAAAAAAAAAAAAAAGACAAACCCACUCUGCUUAAAUGAUUCAAGAUGCAACUAAAACAUCUCUUUGAUAAUGUCGAUGCCUAGAAACUCAAAAACACAAGAAACGUGGUAUCAAAAUAUAUAUAAAUAUGAAAAAGGUUUGUACGUUGAAUUACAAGUUAAUGUUGCUGGUCGAGUCCGUGAUUAUCUCCCUUUGACCACAGAGUUUUGAAAGUUAUCUUCAUUGUUUAGUGUUCAAAUUCCUUUGCUUAAGCUGGUCUUGUUCAGACAAGUUGUCUAACAUAUCACUUUAACUAAAACCAUCCUCUAGGGCUCUGUGGAAGGAGGUGGUAGCCAAGGUAAACAGAGGAAGAACUGAAUGGCGGACGUGAAGGAUGGUCCUCCAUGACUGACCUGCAAACAUCUCCCACGACCGUCCCUAGUGUCUCUUGCGAGAACAAGUCAACUGGCAUUCAAGCUUAUCUGGUGAUCAGGUAGUACCAGUCAAGGUGGGUUUUCUAACUUUAGUGAAAGCCUGACUCAAGAAGAAAAUAGUUCUAUCAAUAUCAACUACACCAUCAACGUUACGACAAGUCCUGAUGUUACAGACACGUUUAGCGCUCUUCAUGCGUUUUGUGAAGGAAACUAUUUGAGGAUUGCAUGUAGAUUUGUUUAUGACAAAAACUUUAGCACCGAGUUUAAGAAGGACGUGAGUAGGAUGACAGGAGUCACCUGCUACUGGGAACAACGACACGUGAGCAGCUCUGUGGUGGCUUUAGACAUCUACAUCUCUCAGGUCGUCACCAGGUCACUGAGUGCAAUGAUAGUCUUCACUGGCAGAAUUGGGAUUCCCAAACCUAUCCGACUGAUACGUGUUGAGGUGUUGUACCCACCAAAGGUCACAAGUCUUACUGUGGGUGGAGAAGACUUUACAAGUCCUUACUUCAUUAACGAGUGCCAGAAGGUCAACAUUUUCUGCUCCUUCGAUAAAGGGAACCCUCCCGCUAUUUUCAAGCUUCUUGAUAAACAUGGACAAGUGUUAAAAUCUGCUGGUAGUGAUGGAUACCUUAAUUAUUCAUUCACUGCCCAGUGUGAAGACGACUCGCCGAUAGUCAGGUGUGAAGGAAGCGGCUCGAAACAGAACAGAUCCGUCACGUUCUUAGUCAGGUGUCCUCCUCGGUUUGUCGAAAAACCUAUAAAAAUCGUCAAUCUACAAACAUUUCAAGUCCUAACAUUUCGUGUCAAAGCUCACACAACAACACUCACUGCCUGCCUCUUGACACCAGAGGCUUUAGACAACAAUGUCACGAGGGGAGUAAGCUGCAUCUUAAGUGGUCAACCUCCUGAUCUCCUUCUGACCGUCCAUCUUCACAAGGAAAGCAACAUUAGUCAAGAGAAUUGGUCGCUGAUUCUUCGAAAUGAAAUAGGUUCUGCUACAACGACACUGAUGAUCAUUUAUGAUCCAGGUAAGCACACUUGCUAUUUACAAUUUAGUCAAGAUCAAUGUUUACUGUUAGUAAAAAGCAAAUACGAAUGUUUACGACAAAAUGUGCGGACAGGAAUACAACUUUAUUUAUCCACAUAAGCAAUUAAACAAUAGUGCUCGUACUAGAUGAUCAGAAAAAGUAAGAGUGAAAACUCACAUGCCAACACAUGAUCAGAAAUACAGAGGAUGCGCAAUG